CCCCAGCCCCCCUCUGCUUCCCCUCCCCUGUCUCUGCUCCCCCACUCCCCAGCCCCCCCUGCUUCCCCUCCCCCCAUUCCCCAGCCCCCCCUCUGCUUCCCCUCCCCUGCUCCCUCCCACUCCCCAGCCCCCCUCUGCUUCCCCUCCCCUGUCCCUUCCCCCCCACUCUCCAGCCCCCCUCUGCUUCCCCUCCCCUGUUCCCUCCCAUUCCCUAGCCCCCCUGCUUCCCCUCUCCCUCCUCCCCCACUCCCCAGCCCCCCCUCUGCUUCCCCUCCCCUGUCCCUGCCCCCCCCACUCUCCAGUCCCCCUCUGCUUCCCCUCCCCUGUUCCCUCCCACUCCCCAGCCCCCCCGCUUCCCCUCCCCCUGCUCCCCCACUCCCCAGCCCCCCCUCUGCUUCCCCUUCCCCCCAUUCCCCAGCCCCCCUGCUUCCCUCCCCCACUCUGCAGCCCCCCUCUGCUUCCCCUCCCCUGUCCCUGCCCCCCCACUCUCCAGCCCCCCUCUGCUUCCCCUCCCCUGUUCCCUCCCACUCCCCAGCCCCCCCUGCUUCCCCUCCCCCUGCUCCCCCACUCCCCAGCCCCUCUGCUCCUCCCCCACUCCCCAGGCCCCCUCUGCUUCCCCUCCCCCCAUUCCCCAGACCUCCCUCUGCUUCCCCUUCCCCCCAUUCCCCAGCCCCCCCCGCUUCCCCUCCCCCUGCCCCGCCACUCCCC